AUGGCUUCUGAGACCAAUCCGACGUUCGACGUUGGCAACCAUGAAGCUUUCAUGGAGUUUGCCCUCACCCAAGCCAAAAAGUCGCCGCCAGCUGGCAACAAAUUCUGUGUCGGGGCAGUACUUGUAGAUGCAGCUAAAGGCAGGGUCUUAUCGACAGGAGCAAUGUUGUUUUAUCAAGAUCGCCGACGAGCACAACCUUCCCGAUGCAUACACGAAGUCCUUCCACCAGAUACUGUGCUGUACACAACUAUGGAGCCUUGCAAUGAGAGGCUGAGCGGCAACAUGACUUGCGCGACUAGAAUCCUGAGACUCAAGGGUGCUAUUAAGACUGUUUAUGUGGGCAUCAGGGAACCUGGAACGUUUAUUGCAAACAAUGACGGACAGGAAAGACUCGAGGCACAUGGUGUCAAGGUCGUGUAUCCCGUCGAACAUUGGCACGACAGAAUCAUGGAGAUCUCAAUGGCCGGACAUUGA